AUGACAGAUCAGAGUAACCAGAACCAUAAGCGAGACAGAAGAAUAAUACCUGUCAUCAGCAUGAUGUCAAGAGGUCGCUUGUGCUUUCUGAUUGUCAUGCUCAUGGCAUCAUCCGCUGUGGCCUCAUCUUCAGAUACCAAUGAUCCUUUGUCAGUACCAUCCGCACCGCUGGACCAGCGCCCCAGUGGAAGUAUCAACUUUUGUGCCAUUGGUGAUUGGGGAGGUUGGGAAUGGUUUCCUUAUUUCACCUAUGCCCAACAUGAAACAGCCAUUGGUAUGGGAAGAGUUGCCGAAACUCUCAACUCUCAAUUCGUAGUGGCACUGGGGGACAAUUUCUAUCAUUCGGGUGUCGACAAGGGAGAUUCCUAUCGUUUCAAGCGAACCUUUGAAGACGUAUACAGUCCAGCAUCCUUAACCAAGAUUCCAUGGUAUGUGAUUGGUGGCAACCACGAUCACUAUGGAAACAUCACCGCCCAAAUUGCCUAUUCCCAAGAUAAUCCAGACGGGCGAUGGGUCUUUCCUUCACUGUAUCAUUCCCAUUCCUUUGCUGCACCUGACGGUAGCUUUACGAUUGAUUUGAUUCUGAUUGAUACCGUCGACUUGUGUGGGAACAAUGAGAUUCAAGACGAACACGCCGAAGGAUACUUUGAUCCUUUACCCUUGAAGGAAAAGUCCGACGCUAGAGAACAAUGGAAAUGGAUUGAAGACCAAAUGAAGGCAUCGACUGCGGAUUAUCUAUUGGUGGGUGGCCACUUUCCAGUCUACAGUGCGUGCAGCCAUGGUCCAACCGAAACCUUGAUUCGGCAUUUGAAACCCCUGUUGCAACAAUAUAAUGCUCACUACCUAUCGGGUCAUGAUCAUUGUAUGAUGCAUUAUGAAGAAGAAGAUGUCCAUUUCGUCCUGUCAGGAAUGGGAGACGAAUGUUGUUACGAAGCACCCAGCCGAGAACAUCAUUUGGCAUUGAAUCCUGAACCAAGUGCUCUGAAAUGGCUCAUCAGCAAGGAAAACAAGGAUCUGUAUCAGGCUAUUGGUGGCUUUACGAGCUUUCAAGCAACUUCACAAGAAAUGAAGAUUCAGUACCACGAUCAUCGAGGAAAUGUGCUUUUCACUGCCGAUCCUGUCCCUCCUCGUAUGAAAAGUGGCGACAAGGGGGACACUUUCGAUCAAGCACGACAGCAAGAACCACAAGAGGUUCUUGCCUAG